CUUACGAAUCCCUUCCCCUAGUCUCUCUCGGAUGUUUUUUUUUCUUUUAAUUUGGUGGAAGCCAAAGAUCUGAUAACAAUUUUGUAAGCAUUUAUUCAGUUCUGAAGAGAUCCAGUUUCUCUCUCGAUCUCAAAUCCAUGGCGCUUUCAAGUACGAAGCUACUUUUUCUGUUGUUCGCUUUGUCUUACGCGAUUGUCGCCAUUGCAGGAAAGAGCUAUUACGAUAUACUGCAAGUGCCGAAAGGAGCAUCGGAUGAGCAGAUCAAAAGAGCGUAUAGAAAGCUGGCAUUAAAGUAUCAUCCUGAUAAAAACCCCGGCAAUGAAGAGGCCAAUAAGAGAUUUUCUGAGAUUAACAAUGCUUACGAGGUGGUGUCGGAUAGCGAAAAGAGGGGAAUAUAUGAUAGGUACGGUGAGGAGGGCCUGAAAUAGCAUGCUGCCAGUGGAGGCAGAGGAGGAGGAAUGGGGGUCAAUAUUCAGGACAUUUUCAGCUCAUUUUUUGGUGGAGGCUCGGUUGAAGAGGAAGAGAGAAUUGUGAAGGGCGAUGAUGUAAUUGUUGAAUUGGAUGCAACACUUGAAGAUUUGUACAUGGGAGGUACUCUUAAGGUUUGGAGGGAGAAAAAUAUCUUAAAGCCAGCUCCAGGCAAGCGACGCUGUAACUGCAGAAAUGAGGUUUAUCAUAAGCAAAUUGAUCCAGGGAUGUUCCAACAGAUGACAGAACAGGUUUGUGAGCAGUGCCAAAAUGUGAAAUAUGAACGAGAGGGGUACUUUGUCACUGUUGAUAUUGAGAAAGGAAUGCAAGAUGGACAAGAGGUCGUUUUUUAUGAAGAUGGUGAACCUAUAAUAGAUGGAGAACCUGGAGAUUUGAAGCUCCCCAUGAUUGAUUCAGGAGGGAAGGCAAUGACUUGCACACCACAGUCACCAUAACACUUGUUCAAGCCCUUUUUGGUUUUGAGAAGACCAUUAAACACCUUGAUGACGUGGACAUUGGUUCUAAGGUAAGCAUGUAGAUUCGAUUUUAUUCUCUCUGGAAUCAACAAAAUGAUCCAAAAUUAUAAAUAGUUUUGUAUUACAUACUUGGGGUAUUACCAAGCCAAAAUAAGUGAGAGUUGAGAGGUGAAGGAAUACCGUUGCAUUUUAGCAACAAGAAAAGGAGACCUUUAUGUCACCUUCGAGGUUUUGUUCCCGACAUCACUUACGGAGGAUCAAAAGGCAAAAAUCAAAUCAGUUCUUGGCUAGGAUUAUAAGAAUACAAUAUUUGUUUGGGGAGGGUUGGGUCAUAAACUCAUCCCUUUGUAACAUUUGAGGAGGAUACAUAUAAACUAGGAAAUCUGAAGGGUCUCAAAAUUUUCUUCAUUCCCAUUGUCGCCAAUGUGCCCCCUCAUCAACAAAUUAACUUUGCGAUGCCUGAAAAAUGAGGGGAAGGAAAAAUCUUUGGUCUCUAAUACGUUUAAGUUUUCAGCAAUUUGGAGAGGUUUGUUUAGAAUAUGAUUUUUCUUAGGCUCAGCCCGGACGUGAUUAAAAUU